UACAGAUGUUGAAAAACAACUGUAGCAAAUCAUUACUACUUAUUACAAUAAUAUGAGUUAUUAGACAUAAAUGGCUCCAGAAUGAAAAGGGUUAAGUUAGAAGUUGAGAUAAAGUACCUACUGGCUUAAGUUGUUUUGUCCAUUUGAGGUUAUCCGCUAUUAAAAAUAUUUUGAAACUUCUACAUGUGUACCUUAUAAUUCUGUUAGAUGACCAAAAAAUGUAAAAAAACAUGUUUUUCCCUUUCAACAGUCACAUUGUUCCUGAAGUGCUGGCAGUGGUAAGAGCUUCCAGUCGGUAAACAAAGUAGAUGCCAUUUAGAGGUAUAAGAAAGACAACAAAUAAAGUAACAAGGCAUUCAGUUUUAGAGUUUCUUUCCUGCCUGAAAGUUAAAAAUUAAAAAUUAAACAUUUUUAUAGCGAAUGAAACCAGUUAUGAAACUAACAAAAAAAAAAAAAGUUGACAAAAACAGUUGGUUAAUGCAGUGCUUGCUUUUCAUGUCAAAGAGCAAAAUGUAAACAUGUGAAGUAUUUUGCAGACCAGAUAAGGUAAAGGGUAACACUUGAAUCUGCUCAAAUCCAGAAAAGAAAUAAUAAUAAUCUCAUGGGGUUUAAAUUCUUAGAGCAGUGUUGGUAAUUUAAUGGCAAUUUUUUUUCUUUAAAGUAUUUUUAAUGUUUUUCUCUAUUCCAUGAUGUGACCUGAUACAAAUGAAGAAAUGAACAAUCUCACUGUACUGAGCAAACAGCGGCUUUCUUUUUUUUAUUCACUUUUUAUUGAGUGCACAGAGGAGGAGAGGAAUAGUUUGUGGUGAGAUCAGAAAUUUUUGAUUUCAAUGAAUCUCUUAGUUACUCAUCAGAAGGCUGCUGUUAUUAAAAAGAACAACAACCUCCACAAGGAGAAAUGCUUAAAAGAAGAAAUCCCUCUUAGCAGUCAAAAGUAGAGAUGAAUGGUGAUACUUAAAAUGUCUUGAGUUUGUGGGCAUUUCCUAGAUUACAGGAAUGAUCUUAUAGGGCCUUUUGCCUCAUCUUGUUCUUUAUCCAGAGAAAUGCCUGGCAGAAGAAUGCAUUUCAGUGACUUUAACAUUGAAAUGAUGCUACUUAAAUUAUUUAUCCUUAGAUUAUAUCGAAGAUGUUUGUAUUCAUUAUCUGUCCAGAUGCACAAAGCAUGACUUCUCUUAUGUUUAGGUGAAGCCUUUAACUGAUGAUUUUAACUGAUCUAAAAGUGAAACACUGGACAUUUGGUAAACUGAAUGCCCUUUGUCUGGUAGGUGGUGAGAUGCAGGGAGCUGUUCAGCUGGAGCUGCACCACAGCUGUGGUGUCAGGCUUUGAAAAUGAGGGCUAAGAAACAAGUUCCUCCUUUCAUAAUACAGCUACAUAGAGAUACUUUUAUUUUUCUCUCUUUACUUCCUUUUUGUCAUAUGAUAUUUACAGCAAAAGAGUAUUAGUCAAAAUGACAAGAGCUGUUGAAGAAAGAUUUCUCCCAGUAAUUGUUGAAGGAAAUGCUUCAUUUUUAGAGAAAAUGACAUAAAGCUUCCUAUCUUCUCACUUACUUAAACUUAGCACCCAGCUGAAUUCAAGGUGAGUCUGGGAAGAAGCAUAAUUAUAUCUGUCACCUUCUAGUUCUUUUGGUUUUGCUUUUACUCUCUCAAACAUGCUAAUUCCCUAGUUUUUAAUUUUAAUUUUAUUUUUAAUGAAGGUUUCAUGAACUGUGGGGGUUGGCCAUUAAUUUUAGGCCAUUGUGUGAAUGCUAACUACUUAAAAAUAGUCACUGAGUCAACCUUGCUUCCCCUCAGAGUUUAUCAGUUGGAAGCAUCUUCUUUUUAUCCCAUGUGUAAGCAAAGACUUCUCUGGAUUGACAAUUUGAUCUGUAUAAUGGAAAAUCUAGGCAGGAUAUCCUUUCUCUGUUAUUCCUUGGUGUGAUGGCAUCAGGUUGUGUCUUAAAAUGGGGGAAGGGAAGAGGAGGAUCCUAUUAGCAGACAGAGUGGUAUCAAGGGACUCUUAAAAGGCAGGCUGGCUGAGGACCUCGUAUUUACUUUCCUUGUUGGACUAUUAGUGCUUCAAGCUACUCCGCUGACAUGUCAGUGGUGGCUUGUGCUGCUGUGCCCAGAAGCUUGCUUGCGUGCUGUUUGAAUGUUUUGUGUUUGGAAGUUGUUGUUGGAUACCGAGGUCUGUGAGGGGCUUCUCUGUAGUUAUUUUGAGCUCUAUCAGACCUUAAUGAAAUGCUGCAUUGACAAGGUCCAUCCAGUCUUAUCCUGCAGAAAUGCAGUGCCUGAGCUUACCCAAGAAAAGAAUGUUUCUGUUCUAAUUCCAUUAUUAAAAUGCCUCUGAAAUGGAGCGGUGCCUAUUGUGCAAUAGAGGUGCAGUGAAUGCUUGAUGAAGUGUGUGCAUGGGGUAGCAAACAUACUCAGAAUUAUGUUGGAACAUUAAUAAUGUUGGAAAAUUAUUAUGACCUUGCAUUUCAGCAUGCUUGUAAUUAUUCCAUGUAAUACUCAUAGCUUGAGAUUUUCCUUGGUGUUUGUAAGGCAGAGGACGUUACCACCCGCUCUGAUUGUGGGAGAACCUUGGGUUUGGUCGUCCUGUGCUAAGGACCAGGAGUCUGUGUAAAAAUGACACUGACUCUUUAUCUCACCCCCUGCCCCUUCCUUUGUACAGAAAACACAGUGUAGCUCUGGUACAAGAGGUGAGUCCCCCUCUGAGUUGGUGCUUCUGUUGUUCUGACUGUGACCUCUGUGUGUUGUGGUGUAACAGCAGAGGAGGAACUCGGGACGUGAUUGUGGCUUUGCAAAAUAAUAAUCAGCAGGUACUUGGGGUGCAAAGCAAAGAACAUUAAAACUAAUAAAAAGAAAUGCUGUAAUUGCCUAUUUGGACUUUGGAAUCUCUAACUCUCCAGUGUUUGUGCCAAGCUAUUGGUACAAUUUAAAGUAGAUGAAUUUUUUACUGCUAAUGAAGAUAUAUAUGGGAUCAUUGCUUGGGCUUUUAUGUGAGUAGUAAAGAUCUUUCCUUCUACACUGCAAAGUGCAUCGCAGCUACUUAGAGUUAGCAAAAGUCCGUUAGCAAACUGAUCUGUGACUUUCCAUCACCAUGGAUUAACUGCAGUGUUUAAGUGGAUGCUUACAUUUCUUACAAGAAUGUCUUCUAAUUUUAUGGGACAUAUAAGUAUUUCUGAUCUAAAAGCUCAGAUAAAUCAAAGUUUUUUAAUUAAGACAAAAUGCUCUGAGAAUCUGCUACUGCUCUUGUUUACACUGCUGGUAAACUAAUUUUGUUGUAUAUAACAGCCUCAUGACUAUGACUUAAACACAAAAUCUCAACAUUUGCAAGCAUUUGUACCUCUGUGCUCUUAAUAGUGCCUAGUAAAAGUUUCACAGUUUUUAGCCCCAUUCAACCUAGAAUUUUGAGCUAACAUUUUAAGUCUAUGUUGAUAAUGUGUUUUAAGUAGCUGUUGAAAAACCAAAGCAAGAGAAGUUUUUUAAAUCUUAAGCCCACUCCUCAUGUAUUAAAUAAUCUGAAAUCUUACAAUUGCUGUUAUUUUCAGUCCAUUGUGUCUGCUUCCUGUUGGUCAAAGGUUACGAGGAUAGGGUGGUGUAGAGUGAGGUGGGAAGCUGGCAGGAAAAGGAAAGCUUUGCUUAUUUUGGGGUAGACAAAACUACAGAAAUGGCCCCGACAUUGCUUAAAUUUUCUGAAGACUUAAAGAGGCAUGGAAGAGAAGGUGGUUUGUGCUUCGGAGCGGCCGCUUAACGGGGGAUCCAGAUGUAUUGGAAUACUACAAAAAUGACCAUGCCAAGAAGCCUAUCCGUAUUAUUGACUUAAAUUUGUGUCAACAAGUGGAUGCUGGAUUAACGUUCAACAAGAAGGAGUUUGAAAACAGCUAUAUUUUUGAUAUCAACACUAUAGACCGAGUUUUCUAUUUGGUAGCAGACAGUGAGGAGGAGAUGAAUAAGUGGGUUCGAUGUAUCUGUGAUAUCUGUGGGUUCAACCCUACAGAUGAGGAUGCUGUGAAGCCACCAGUUAGUUCUUUACAACCAUCUACUGAGUUACCUUUGCCUAUCAACACUUCACCACCUUCCAUGCAAGCAGAAUCUUCCCUUUCUUCUCCUUAUCGGCUUAUUAACGUCCCCCCUCUGGAGUCUUCCUCUGGUCAAGAAGAUCCUCAAGACUACUUACUGCUAAUAAACUGUCAAAGUAAAAAACCUGAACCUAUGAGCCAAGAGUCACCUUUGCUCUCAGAAGAAGGGCAGGAAUACCUGCUAUUAGAAGACUUUGAAAGUAAAAAGAUUGCACUUCAAUCUCAGGCUGACUCUGCAAAAUCCAGCUCUUCAGAAACAGACUGCAAUGAUAACCUCCCCUCCCACAAAAACCCUGCUGCAUCAGGGAGCAAGCAUGCUGUGAACGGCUUCUUCCCACAGCUGGGUGUCUACGAUUCCCCGCCUUCCCGCUCCGCGCUGACACUGGCAGACUCCAGCCUCUACAACCUGCCUAGGAGUUACUCCCAGGAUGUUUUGCCCAAGGCAGCGUCUCCAUCUGGAACUGAUGCCGAAGGAGAGCAACAUGUUUUCAAUACCCCGUCAGCAACGUCAUUAGACGCACAGAUGAGGCACAUCUCCAUUAGCUAUGACAUUCCCCCCCCACCCGGAGGUACUUAUCAGAUCCCACGAACUUUCCCAGAGGGAGCAUUGUCUCAGACUUCAAAACUGGAGACUAUUCCAGACAUCCCUCCACCUCGGCCACCCAAACCUCACCAGGCAGCAGAUCGAUCUCCCGUGGAAACCUGUAGCAUCAGUCGCACUGCUUCAGACACUGACAGCAGUUACUGCAUCCCCACUGCAGGAGCGCCACCCUCGCGCAGUAACACCAUUUCAACGGGAGAUCUGAAUGUCUUCCGGAAAGAAAUUAGUUCUCAAGACUGUUAUGAUAUUCCACGAACGUUUCUGAAUGACAGAUCUAAUUCAUUGGAGGGCUUCCAUAACCACUUUAAAAACAGAAGCAUGUUGACAGUGGGAAGUGUUUCAAGUGAAGAACUAGAUGAAAAUUAUGUCCCAAUGAAUCCCAACUCUCCUCCACGACAGCAUUCCAGCAGCUUCACUGAACCCAUCCAGGAAACAAACUAUGUACCAAUGAUACCUGGCACGUUUGAUUUUCCAUUGUUUGGAAAGCAAGUCCCUCCUCCUGCUCACAUGGGUUUCAGGUCCAGCCCAAAGACCCCUCCCAGACGGUCGGUACCUGCUGCAGAAUGUGAGCCACCGCCAGUGGAUCGGAACCUCAAACCAGACAGAAAAGGUCAAAGUCCUAAAAUUUUAAGACCUAAACCACAUGGUUUAGAGCGAACUGAUUCACAAACCAUAGGUGACUUUACUACAAGAAGAAAGGCAAAACCAGCUCCACUAGAAAUAAAACCACUGCCUGAAUGGGAAGAAUUACAAGCUCCAGUUAGAUCUCCUAUCACCCGAAGCUUUGCACGAGACUCCUCCAGGUUUCCCGUGUCUCCCAGACCGGAUUCAGUUCAUAGCACAACUUCCAGCAGUGACUCGCACGACAGUGAAGAGAAUUAUGUAUCCAUGAACCCAAAUCAGUCCACUGAAGACCCAAAUUUGUUUGGAAGCAGCAGCCUUGAUGGAGGAAGCAGCCCUAUGGUAAAACCUAAAGGAGAUAAACAAGUGGAAUAUUUAGAUCUGGACCUAGAUUCGGGAAAGUCUACCCCACCUCGUAAGAAAAAGAACAGUGGCUCAGGCAGCAGUGUGGCAGACGAGAGGGUUGAUUACGUUGUGGUGGACCAGCAGAAAACACUUGCCCUGAAGAGCACACGGGAGGCUUGGACUGAUGGCAGACAGUCUACGGAGUCUGAGACACCCACAAAAAGUGUGAAGUGAAAACAUUGCUUUGUCUUUGAAGAAUGGAAAGAAGUGAAUUUUGAAGAAUCACAGAACCACAAUGGCAGUGUUGUUCAGCUGUACAGUACCUGAUUCCCUGGUGUGGGAAUCAGUUCCUCACCGAAUAGGUUGGAAGAUAAAAAGACAUUUUUUGAAUAUAUCAAAGGAACUUUAAGAUCAUGAAUUGUCUCUGUGGUGUCUGGAAAUAUCACAGCCUGUAAAUAACAUGUAAAAUAAUAUUACUUAGGUUUCAGAAAACCUUUUGGUCUGUAGUUAACACAUUUGUAGUAUUGCUGUGUUUAUGCACUUUUUCAGUUACAAUGUUCGUUCAGGUAUUCACAGUUAGUGUACCUUAAUGUCUAAUUCAUCUGGAGAAUUCUUUUUUCCUUAUACUACUACUCCUCACAAUUUUAGGUUAAUUAAGCUACAUGUAGCUACGGAAAUUAAUAUUUGAACUUCAUUUUAACAACUCAAAAUUGAUUUUGCAGAAAUACUUUCACAAUUGAAUAAUCUACUUGAAAUGCCAGGAGACAACCGUUAGUUACAUACUUGUUUAUAUUUAAUACAUACAAGAUUAUUUGGAAGUCUACAGGUUACCUUCCUAACAAAAAAUAGCUGUGAGUUAAUAAUAAUGAGCUCUACUGGGUUUAGACCUAAAAUCCUGGCUUAUAUGUUAGUUGUUAGUGGUGGAACUUCUAUUGUAUUUUAUUAAUGACAAUGUUCUGUGUUCAAUGGGUGAAGAUUCUGCAGGGUGGGAUCUUACACUUUCAAAGACUGAAUAAUUAAACAUCAAAUAAGCCUGCAAACCACUGAUGGCAUGCAGUAAUAUUGUGAUCUCACACUUAGUAACAAGAAAUAACCUUUAUAUUAUUUACAGAAGGUAGAGUAUAUAAAUUAGGUACGUACCAAGCACUGUUGUGCUAAUACACUGAUCAGGUUUAGACAGUGAGCUUUAGUUUUGUACUGUUUAGAAGUUCUAAUGUCAGUUUUCAGUCCAAGAUUAAUGGGACAGUUUGACAUUCACUUUUUGUAGUACUAGCAAAAUACUGUGAUUUUGAAUUAGACAUUAACUCAAAUGGAAAUACCAUGUUUUAACACCAUAGUGCCCUUCUUAUGAGCUCUAUUUUACUUUAAUCUCCUGCUUGGCCUUAUAUUUAAAUCCCUAUGCAACUGGUAUUUUAUAUCUCUGUUUUUAAAAAUUAGAUAAUAUACCUAAAUGACCCCCUUGUAAACCACUCUUUCCUGGUACAGGAUUUUAAACUCUAUAUACUGUGAUCCUUUAUUUUACUAUGCCAGUUCCAAAUAAUAAUCUGCCUUGGUUUAGAAACAUUUUUUUUGCUAUUUGCAAGAAGAUAGAAUUCUUUAAAUAUGUGAACGAGUUAGGUCUAGAUAGAAAACUUUCUAACACUUUUGUUUUAUACAAAUGCCCUCAAUUAAGUGGUUGGUUUCAUUUUCCUGCCCGAUUAGGUUGUUGUUUUUUUUUUUUUUUCCUGAUCAUUUGAAAGUUGAGCUUAAAGCUGCAUGGUUUUCUGGCAUAUUGGCCUUCAUACUGUGCCUAAUCUACCAUCAGUUGUUUCUCUCCCCUCACAGCCACAAGCUACGGUAUAUAAAUUAUCUUAUUCUUAACAAAGGUUCUUUUUAAAUUAGUAAUAUUUUGAUGCUUUGAAUGUUCAUUUAAAAAAAAAGAAACUAAACAGUGCAUUUUGAGGUUAUUUUUAAAUAAAUCAAGUUGUUCUGUGUUGGUCUGUAAA